AUGGCGAGACCGCAAUCCAGUAAAAAUAAUUCCAAGCAAAGAGGACCACCAGGCUCCGGCAAACGAAAGCACGGCGCCGCAACUACCGGCGGCGGCUCUGGCGGCAGGCCUGCCAAGCAGAGCCGCCGCGAGGGCAAGCCGAAACCGACGGAUCGUGACGUUUAUGAGGCAGAAGAUUCAGAUCCUGACGAAGUCAAGCAUGCUGAGCGUUUUGACAAAGUCGACAAUUACGAAUAUGAGCUGCCGUCUGAUUUUGAGGACGAGGAAAUCGAUGAGGAGCUUGCCUUUACGGAAGAGGAUAAGAAGAAAUUCGGUGGUUGGUUUGAGAAGGAAGUUAGCGCCGACGAGGACGAUGAUGGGGCCUUGUUGGGGGAUGGCAACGGCGAGGAUUGGGAUGAUGAGGGUGAAGGGGAGGAUGACGAUGACGAAGAAGACGAGGACAGGACAGGUGUGAAGCAAGGCGGCGGCAGAGCGCAGGGGCGAGGCAUACAGGAAGAUGAUGAUGACGAUCUCUUCCUCGGCGACGACGAUGAUGACGAUGACGAAGAUGGAGACAUGAACGGCUCAGAGGAUGACGAGGAAGGCGACGAAGGCGAUGAAAGGCAUAGGGCGAUGCUUCGCGACGUUUUGGGUGCUACUGCAGCCGCCGGCAGCGGCGGUGCCCGGAAGCGAGCUCGGCGCGACGCCAACGCAGCGGUGGUUUCGGAGGCCUACCCCGAAUCGGAAUACAACCUGAACCCGGGGGCAGCGUCGGCAGGCGGUGCAGCAGCAGGGACGCUGAGCGUCGCCGACUUGCUCAAGGGCCUUACUGCGGGGGAGCGCCGCAAGCUGGGCGCUGCGCGGCGUCUCUUGGAGAAGGUUGCCGCCGCGGGCGGAGGGGGCCAGGCGGAGGCCGCGGCGGGCGGUAGCAAGGGCCUCCGUCCAGUGCCGGUGCCGCUGCCAGCUGUGGUUGCGGAGCGGCAGGAGCGUAAGGCCGGUUACGAGGCCGCCGCGGAGGAUGUGACGAAAUGGCAGUCGAUUGUUAAGGCGAACCGCGAGGCGCCCACACUGCGUUUGGUUUCGGGGCGUGGUGAGGUCCCCCGGGUCACCACCACGGCCGCGCUGGUGGCUGCGCUUCUGGAGGCGGCGGGAGUGGCCAACACGAAGGCCAUCGAGGAGGCGGAGGAGAAGCUGGCGCUCAAGGCUCUCAGCCUCGAGGAGGCGAAGGAGCGAAGGGAGAGGCUCGCAAAGAUGAGGUCGCUGCUCUUCUACCACGAGCUCAAGGCGCGGCGGCUCAAGUCCAUAAAGAGCAAAGAGUAUCACCGGCACCUGGCUCGUGCGGCCAAGCGCAAGGCGGCCAAGCUGGCUGCUGCGGCCGCGGAUGCGGGUAGCGGCGAGGGCGGCGCUCCGGGUAGUGCGGAUGCGGAGCGGGUCGCCGCCAUAGAGGCGGAGUACCAGCGAGCCAAGGAGCGGCUGACGCAGCGGCACCGCAACAGCAGCCGCUGGGCGAGGCGGGUGCUCAAGAGGGGCCAGCUGCAGCUUGAUGCAGGCACCAAGGCGGCCCUAGCGGAGCAGCUGCAGCUGGGUCAGCAGCUCAAGCGCAAGAUCGAGGGGCGCAAAGACGGUGACGGCAGCGGCGACAGCGACGCCAGCACUUCAGCGUCUGAUUCGGACAACAACAAUGAUGACGGUGAUGAUGGCGACGCCGGCCGUGGCGGCGGCGGAGCUGGCGGGAGGUCUCGUCAAAGUUCCAAAGUCCGGAGCGCCGCCUUGGAGCUUUUGGCAGGCGGUGGUGCCUUGGAGUUGGAGGGUGACAACGCCCCCAAGAAGGGCAUCCUGGCGUUGCCCUUCAUGAAACGGGCCAUGGAGCGGCGGCGGCAGCAGGCGCAACAAGAUGCCGAACAGUUACUACGGGAGCUGGAUGAGCAACAGGACUUGGCGAUGCAGGAGGGAGCAGAUGUUGAGGACGGUGGAGGUCGGGCAGCGGGGCAAGAUGGGAAGGCGGACCCGCCGAGCGGCUUCUUGGAGUCCCUUGUAGGGUACAGCGUGCCGAGGACGAUGGUGAGCGGCCAUGCUGGCGGUCGUCGGAAGUUUGGCGGUGGCAACGCCGCUGCAGCCGCCGCGGCAGCAGCAGCAGCGGAUGCCGCCGAAGCCAAGGGCGACGGCUCGGAUCUGGAUUCUGACGAUGCUGAGGAUGCGGAAGCGAAGGCUGAGCGAUUAUGUCAGCCGACGAAGGCAUCCGCGGCGGCUGCAGCUGCCGCCGCAAAGCAACAACAGCAGCAGCAGAAGGGCAGCAGUCGUGGCAAAGUCGGUAAGGCCCAGGCAACAGCCGCACCGCCGACGGCGGCAGACGAGGCGGAUCUUGACGCCGCUAUUGCUGCUGGUGCAGCAGGCCGCGGCCUCCUGGCGACCAGCUCUGACCUCGGAGUGGACCUGACUGUUGUCCGGGAUACAACACAGCCCAGUGUUGAAGACGCGGAGGUGGGUGAGCGGCGGGAGAGCGGCCGUCGCGCCAGCACCCGCGCUGCUGCCGCUGCCGCAGGUAAUGCGGGCGGCAACAAGAGCGGUACUGGAAAGGGCGCUGGUGGCGGCGGACUUGGUGAUGUUCUCAAGGAGGUUGGGGCACAGCAGGCGUCUCUGGCGCCGGGUGGCGGGCGUGCGGCUUUGUUCGAGGCUGCGACGGGCAAGAGGGCAGCUGGUGACGGUGGCGACGCGGCGGCUGCGGCGGCAAAGUUUUUGCCUGCUAAAAAGUUUGAUGGGGCUCGGGCCGGAUAUGCCUUUAAAAAGGGUCCCCAAGGGUUGGGUUAUUAUUCCGACGUGAAGGAUGCUGCGGCGGCUGGGGUGGUGGGUGCGACUACUCCUGCAGGCGGCGGUGGCGGUGGAAAGAAGGGCAGAGGGAAGCAGCAACAACAACAACAGUGUAAGACUGCUGAAGUUGUGGUGGUUGCUGGGCAGCCAACGCGGCAACAACAGCCGAGGCAUGGGGAAGGACAGCCUCCGAACCAGCAGUCUGGGGACCUGAAGGACGGACAGAAACAGCAAAAACAACAGCCGCAACAAGGACAGGAAAAGAAGCAACAACAACAGCAGCAGGCUUCUAAGGGUGUCAUCAUUACAGCUGCUAAUGGGCAAGACGAGGCCAAGGCGGCAACUCAUGGUGGUGGUCGAGGUGAUCAAGAGGAUGACGAUGAUGACGCGCCGAUGAUGCGGCCCGCAGAUCAGCGCGACCUCAUUCGGCAGGCCUUUGCCGGUGACGAUGUGGAGGAGGAGUUCGCCGCUGAGAAGGCGUCGGCUGUGGCGGAGGAGCUGCCCCACGUGGAUGAGCCGUCAGGCAUGCCUGGCUGGGGCGCAUGGGCCUCACAGCAGCGGAAUCCGAAAUGGAUGCAGGCUGCCAAGGAGAAGGCCGCGAAGAUUCGCGCUGACGCCGCCGCGGGUCGCAAGGAUGCCAACCUGAAGUACGUCGUGAUUUCGGAGAAGUGGGACAAGAAGGCCUCCAAGUACAUGGCCCCUGCGGCGCCCUUCCCCUUCACGAACCAGGAGGCUUACGAGCGGUCGCUGCGGCAGCCGCUGGGCCGCGAGUAUAACCCGGAUGCGGCCUUUCGCGACCUCACCCGCCCUGCACCGCUGGCUAAGGAGCUGGGUCGGUCGGGCAACAAGGCGGUGGCGAAGCGGGAGGCGAAACGGGUUGUGACGGUGGCCGGUGGAAUGCCGAGACAGGGCAAGAGGUGAAAUGCAAAGCAGCAGCUGAAAUGUGCGUGCGUGUGUUUUGAGUGUUCUUCGAGUGGGAAGUGUGGAUGACUGUGUAAGCUAGCAGGAAGAGUGUGUAGCUGAUAAUGGUGAUGGGUGGAAAUGCAUUUGUGAGUCUGGGUAGUGGUGAUGGGUGGUGAUGGGUUGGUGGCCAUUUGGAGGGGCUUGUGAGCUUUUAGCAGGAUGAUGUGAUGGGUUUGCGAGUUUUUUUUAGGAGGCGAUUGGAGAUGGAGACGUGCUAUGUUCUGCCGUGUGAGUUUCGCUUUCGCUUUGUAGAUGUGAAGUGUGUCUGUGGCGGGGAGAGACAGGGAGAGCUGGUACCAAUUGAUGCUAUGCAGCCUCCUCGUGAGGAGGCCACUUGCCAGGUUAUGACCGGCUGAAUUUCUUUGUUUACAAAUCUUCCC